AUGGAAGAGGUUUUGGAGAGGCAAGAGCGAGAAAGGCGAGCAAGAAUACGUAGAAGAGCUGCAAGCAAAAGGGCGCAGAGAGAACCAUAUGAGCAACUUGGUGUGGCCGUUGCUUUGCUGGAGGAAGAAAACCAGAGCAGCCGUGGUUCAAGAGAAGGCCAGGCACCGAAUGUGGACAGAGAUAGACAUUCUCGGGUGGAAACUCUGUACACCAGGGACUACCUACGCCGGCCUAUGCCCAGGGACAUGCAAUGCCUUCUACAAAAAGCUGAGUCUCGUGGAUUUCCUGGGAUGAUUGGUAGCAUUGACUGCAUGCACUGGCAAUGGAAAAAUUGUCCAACUGCUUGGCAAGGGGAUUAUGGCAAUCGGAAAGGGCAGAAAAGCAUCAUCCUCGAAGCAGUUGCUGGUUUUGAUACAUGGAACGGGUAUUAUCUAGUUGAUGGUAUCUACCCGAGGUGGACAACAUUUGUGAAAUCAAUUCUACAUCCCCGAUCCCAUAAGGAAAUUUUUUUUGCUGCCUAUCAAGAGGGGUACAGAAAAGAUGUGGAGAGGUGCUUUGGUAUCCUUCAAGCUCGGUGGGCAAUUAUCAGGGGCGCAGCUCGUCUAUUUGAUGAGGAGAUGCUUAUGAGUGUAAUGAUGACUUGUAUCAUCCUCCACAACAUGAUUGUGGAAGAUGAGUAUGAUUACGAUGCUAACGAAGUGUAUGAAUCAGAUCCCAUGAACACGGCCUUAACACAAAUUUAUGAAAAACCUAUGGGGCCAAAUGGAGAACAAGUGCAGCAUGAUCCGUUGGUUAGAGAUGGUAGUUUGAUGCAUCGCAUGAUUGAGCGCUACACGGAGAUGCAAUCGUCGUAUAUUCAUGAACACCGUUAA